AUGGCCGAGGAACAGCGAGAGAUUCCUUGCGUGGACUACCUUUCCUUGGGAUCGUCUGCUCAAAAAGCUAUAUGUCUCUUUGGAAAGACGAUAUUUCCGGUAGAGUCCUCUUCUUUGGAAUCCGAGGCAACGGCGAUGCUUCACGCUGACGUUCCUAUACCUUCGGAGAAGGAGAUAGAUGAAGACUUGAAGACCCUUUCCUCGUUUGAAGUCGAGCUCGAGGAUUCUGUCUCCUUAGGACUCUCCAUCGGGAUUUCGGGAAGCCCUAAUAUUAACUCUAAGGUUACUUGCGCAGGAAUAGAGAAAGAUUUAACCGAAGAUGCCAGAAAGUUCAAGAAGAUGAGAUAUCUUCCGAACGAGGAAAGGGAGAAGCGAGUAAGGGAACGAACUCCUUACCCAUGGACCAUCAAGAAGACACUGACCCAGAGCGAUAUCAAUAAGCUAACCCGACUUAUGCUGGAGACAAGGCCUGCCGAGGACCACAUCAUGAGAUAUCUCUCCGCAGAUGACCAAAAGAAAAUCCAAAAAGGCAUUAGAGUCAAGGUUAGCGCUUACGACGAGGACACGAGAACUCCUCACCACUUGGUUGUCAAGAGACACGUCACGUCAUCAAAAAGCUAUGUUUUAAACGGUGACUGGGCUCAAGAUUUUGUUAAGAGGAGAAAAUUGCAACUAGGAGACACGAUUGGACUCUUCUGGGAUCAAAUUGACUCUACACUCCACUUUUCUGUGCUUCAGAGAUCGAAGUAG